GGUAUUCUACUCCUGAACAUGUACAGAGCUGAUGGGUCAAGAUAUGUAAUCAUGUCCGUUCUCUCCAGACAUAUUUCUAAUCUAUCGUCGCAAUUUUCCAAUUUGAUCCAGUUCCCUAGUUCUACCCCACUCUCAAGUUUGCACUGGUAGUAUAUAUACGAGCCCUCCACCUCUUUUAUCGCAGAUUAAGCACAGUAAAAAUGACUACCGCGAAGUCCCUCCAGAUUGUGCCCCGCAGGAGCGAAGACCGUGGUCGUGCUGAUCACGGAUGGCUCAAAACAUUCCACACGUUCUCUUUCGCAACGUAUCAUGAUAACGACCACCAAUCCUUUGGCCCUUUGCGCGUGCUCAACGAGGAUCGUGUCGCUUCACACACAGGAUUUGGCACUCACAGUCAUCGCGAAUAUGAAAUAUUUUCGUAUGUUAUUAGCGGGGCACUUGAACACCGUGACUCCAUGGGGAAUAUUGAGAUCCUUCCUCGUGGUGCUUUGCAAAUGACCUCCACCGGAACUGGAAUUUCACACUCAGAGAAGGCGCACGGUGAGCAAGAAGUCCAUUUCUGCCAGAUCUGGGCUGCUCCCCGUGCGGGAGAAGGCCAGGGAAAACCUGCCUAUUUUACAAGGCAUUUCAGUGAUGCAGAGAAAACAAACCGUCUCGCACUUCUCGUUGCCCCUUCAACUUCCACCGAAGUCUCACUCGAUAGGGAAAGCAAAGGUCCAGCACCUCUCCGAUCACAACUGUGGAUGUACGCGUCGUUAAUAGAGCCAGGUGUCACCCUUACGCACACAUUCUCUCAUUCCACCGCAUCUUCUUCUUCUCUCACAACAAGUGGCGCAAGGCGCAAGGUCUACGUCCACGUGAUCCAGAAAUCUGGAUACAACGUUGAGAAAGCUCGCGGUGCAAAGUUAAGGAUAAGUGGUACGAUUGACGAGGAUGGUGUAGAAUUAGGCGAAGGCGAUGGGGCAUAUCUCACUUUUGAAAAGGGCGUCGAGAUAAAGCUGCAUAAUGUCGGGGGUGUUGUUACAGAGGUGCUGUUAUUUGAUUUGGAGUAAUAAUGAUACAAUGUUAGUUGGAAUU